AGCACAAAACCCAACACAAGUAGUAGAUGCAUGUAGAUGUGAGCAGUGUUCGUUCGUGUAUGGCCCACCAAUACCAACAGCAUCGACGUUUUGCUUUAUUUGGAGUUUGUGGAAAAAAUAAAACGAACUCAGUAUUCAGUGUGCAUCUGAACGUCGUGUUGUUUUAGAGUGAAAUUACAAACAGUUGAAACACGCUACAAUAUCAUAUGCUUUGCGUUUUUACAGACCUAAUCAUAAAUAACCGUAAAGAAAAUUGUCUUCAAAACAAAUCCAUUUAAUGAAAUUUUGUUUUUUGAACUUUAUUCCGUCAAUUGUUGCGCAUUUGAUUUGAUUGCUUUUCCAGAAAAUUACGUUUGCAAAUAGUCUAGUUCGAGCGGUAAACGGGUUGGUUUUCGUGUCUUAGUGAAAAAUUCAAACGAAUAAUUUAUUGAGGAAAAAAACAAACAACGCCACACACAUGUUUAAAGAAUUUUUAAUGAAAAACAAACAUUAAACAUAGUUAAAUGUUGAAUAAGUGCGACCAAGAGAAAAUAUUGUAAUAAUCAAGUUGCAGAGAACAAGCAAACGCAAAGAAUAAUUUGAAUUAAAGUGUGAAUCAUGUCAAAAGUGGCAAUUUACUGACGUUUUUAUGAACAACACCGCGUAAAAUGAUGUUUUUCUAAUCUAAAAACGGUAUAAAAUAGUUUCAAUGAACGGGUCUUACAUUAUGCAUAGCCACAUUUGAUUUUCAAUCUCGAGUAAAAAAAAAACUCUGUUACACUUCAACGUAAGAAAAUAUUACAAGUUCCAUAGAACAAGAGUAAACCAAAAUGCAAACAUUCUAUCGUAAAAGUGUGUUGCAACGAUUUCAAGAGGCAUAACUUGGUUUUAAGACGGAAAUUCAUGUGCAUAUCAAUAAAAAAAACGAAAUCUAAAUACCGAUUACGACAGACACUGCAGUAAAAAACUGUGUACACUGUACAGUGUCUUGGUUUCAUUUGUUUUCUUUGGUUUCCUUUUUGUUCUUAAUAAGAAUUUGAGUUCGAAAUUUUGUGUUGGAAAAGUGUUUCAUUUACGAUAACCGAAGCCGAAGAGAAGAGAGCGUUGAAGAAAGCGUAUAAAAGUUGACGCUAAAAUUCGCAAUGUCUAAAACAUCAACAACACCCGAGUUGUCGCCACGUGCUUCGUUGACACCACCGGCAUCGUCAUCAACAUUGGCUCAAAUGCCAGCGAAUCUAUCAUCGAUUGACGUCGAACGAGACGAAGUGGCACCUUCGCCUUCGCCGAUCAAAGAUGAACAUUUGCACAUUCGUUCGCCUUCGCCGCACACGCCACCACUGUCAAAGGCGCCCCUCAAGCCAAUCAUUAACGACAACAAGAGUUCACCGAAUCCACAGCAAUUUUGCUUGCGCUGGAACAAUUACCAAUCGAAUUUGACAAAUGUAUUCGAUCAAUUGCUGCAGAAUGAAUCAUUUGUUGAUGUGACAUUGGCCUGUGAUGGCAACUCGAUGAAGGCGCACAAAAUGGUUUUGUCCGCAUGUUCGCCAUACUUUCAAAGCUUACUCUUUGACAAUCCAUGUAAACAUCCAAUUAUAAUUUUGCGCGAUGUCAAAUGGCCUGAGCUGACGGCGGUCGUGGAAUUUAUGUACAAAGGUGAGAUCAAUGUUCGCCAAGAGCAGAUCGCUCCAUUGUUGCGUGUCGCUGAAAUGUUGAAGAUUCGCGGUUUGGCCGAUGUUAAGAGUGAUCUCGAUUUGAAUUCGGAAUCGGAAAAAUCGGCAACCGCCACAUCUUUGGAUGAUGCAACCGAUGUCACACCAACCACGGCUACAAAAAACAAUGACUCAGCUCCGGCCACUAAGAAACGGAUAACGGCACGCACUGAAUGGCAAAUCAAUAACAUGGAUUUAUCAGAGCAUCUUUCAAUGCAACACAAGCAACGUGAACAAUCCACACCGUCAUCAUCGCAGCAAGCAUCACAUGCAUCGUCAUCACGUCAUUUCUCGAAUCGCAAACGACGCUGUCCAUCAGCCGAGAUUAAACGAACCGCAUCAAGCCCAUUGUCGUUGGAUCAGCGCAGCGACAUAAGCGCAUCGCCCGCACCACAAUCGGAAUCGGCUAGCUCGAAGUGUAUACCGCCAUUCUUAUCGGCGGCCGGUUCGAUCGAUCCAAUGGCUAUGGCUUCUCUUUUACCAAAUGCCAAUUCCGAUGACAUGGAAAUAAAGCCAGGUAUAGCUGAAAUGAUACGCGAAGAAGAACGAGCGAAGCUGUUACAAAAUUCACAGGCCUGGUUAAAUGCAGCACCAUCCAGUUCAUUAAACAAGAGUUAUCAGUAUCAGUUGCAGUCGAUGUGGCAAAAAUGCUGGAGUACGAAUCAAAAUCUCAUCCAUCAUUUGCGUUUUCGUGAGCGUGGCCCGUUGAAAUCAUGGCGUCCAGAGACAAUGGCUGAAGCUAUAAUGAGCGUUCUUAAGGAUGGUUUGUCAUUGUCACAAGCGGCACGAAAGUAUGACAUUCCGUAUCCGACAUUUGUGCUGUAUGCGAAUCGUGUGCACAACAUGCUCGGUCCAUCAAUAGACGGUGGCUCUGAUCUACGGCCCAAAGGACGCGGAAGGCCACAACGAAUACUGUUGGGUGUUUGGCCCGAAGAUCACAUCAAAGGUGUGGUCAAAACAGUUGUGUUUCGCGACGAUAAGGAGAUUCGCGAAGAAACCACCAUUCCGUUACCAGAAUUUGAUGCUAACACGCCGAUUUUCCCAUUUCCAAAUGCACAGCUCGAUUUUUCGGCCGGCACCUCCAGUAAUGGCGGACUCGGUCUUCAACUAAACGAACUCGAAUCAGACGCAUUAUCACCCAUCAAUAUUAGUAGAAACAAUUUGAAUUGGACAUCAUUAGUGAACGCAAGUGGCAGUCGAUCGACAUCAUCACGAUGCAGUAGUUAAUCCAAAAUGCUGCAUAUUCCACCCACAUUUGAAGCUUAACGGUAUUUUUACGAUCGUUUGAAUUGUGCACACACAAUUGUGCCAAACCUCCCCCUUCCUCCUCUGAAAACAUUAAAUGAAAGUGGACAAGCCAAUGUGUGUUGUAACCACGUUAAAUGCGAUUUUUAUUUUUCUUUAUUUCAAAUUUGGACACUUGAUUUUCAAUUUACAAUUCCUGAAUUUGGUUGCGUAAGUUUUCUGUUUUAAAUAAAUUCUUAAGUUUACUCUUCGUUUGUUGAGAGUUGUUUAUUCAGAGAAAUGAAGAAAAACACAAAAAAAAACAAAUCUAACUGUUUAGAACAAUUUUAGGCAAAAAAAAAUGAAUAUUUAAAUAAAGUGAAGAAAUUUUUUUAAAUGAAA